GGGCCACUCAUGUCUCUGUCCCUGCGACAUUGGCGUAUGGACUGCCUGGAGUUGGUUUCGGAGCUUUCGUGGUGAUGAUAAGCUUGUACCUUCCAUCGCUGUAUGCAGAGAACCAGGGGGUGCCUUUGAGCCAGAUUGGAGCCGUGACCACUGUGGUGCAGAUCUUCGACGCCAUCUCCGAUCCCCUCUUGGGCUACCUCUCCGACCGCUGCCGAACUUCCUGGGGUCGACGCCGGCCUUUUCUGCUCCUAGGCAGCUCUUUCCUGGCCAUCUCCUUCGUGGCGCUCUUCUCCCCGCCGAAUUUGGGGAACCCGACCUCGGCCCUGGCCUUUGCAGCGGCCUUCGGCCUCCUAACGCAGAUGUUCUUGACAGUGGCUCGUAUUCCCUGGAUGGCAUGGGCUAUCGACCUCAAUUCCGACUAUGAUGCGAAGACGAGGCUGGUCUCCGUCCGGGAGUUCAUGUGGGUGCUCGGCGCGAUGCUGGGCGCGGUGCUCCCCAGCGUCGCGGGAGCCCUCCUUGGGGAUUCCGGACCACUUCGGCUGACCCUUGCUGCUUCCUUCUGGGCCGUCUUCAUGGUCGUAAGUGGAGUGCUGUGUUUCUGCCUGGUGCCCGAUACCACCGCAGCAUCAGCUCCCGGCGGGGUCCGAGAUGGCUCCGCCAGCUCGCAGAUGUCGUUCCUUCGCAACAUCUCUGGUUACCGCCCGGCCAUCGCCCUCUACAUAGCGACGGUUUUGGCCCUCAUGGCCACUACAGGCAACGCAUUGCUCUAUCCCUUCUUCGUGAAGUACGUUCUCGAAGAUGAAGGUGUCGAAUGGCUCUUGGGUCUUUACAUCUUUCUGGGUGCAGUGUUCGUGCCUUUCUGGGCCUGGGUCGCCAAGAAGUUUGACAAGAAGAUGACCCUGACCUUCAUCACUCUGGUCCAGUUUUCCGUGUUAGGCCUCAUCUUUGCCGCGGUCGAGCGUCAGGCCUUGGGGAUGUAUGUCGCCUGCAUCAUCUCAGCCGGAACGGUGAUGGGAGGGAGCUCAGUUGUCCGCUUCUCCAUGAUGGCGGAUGUGGCAGAUGCACUGCAGCUCCUGACCCGCGGACAUAGGGAUGAAGCCAAGAUCGUGGCUCUUUUCGAUAUCUCCUCGAAGUUGGCUGCAUCCUUGCUGGUGGCACUGGGAUUUCUGUUCAUCGACACGGCGGGCUUCCGGGCUGACGUGGUGCCGCAGCCGGAAGCUGCACGCUUCGCCAUCCGGUUCUUCUACUCACUGGUGCCAAGCAUCCUCGCGCUCCUCUCUGCGAUCGUGAUCUGGGCGCU